UUCAGUCAGGAAAGAGACACAAAGUGACUGAUGCCACUGGAAGACUAAAGCAGAUGAUCUGCUGAUGGUGAUAAAGCUGAUCAGAGAUCAGGAAAAGGCUGCAGUGAAUAGAGCUGAAGGACUCUUGAAGCAUCUGGAGCAGGAGAUUGAUGAUCUGAGGAGGAGAGAAAAUGAGCUGGAGCAGCUUUCACACACAGAUGAUCACAUCCAUUUCCUCCAGAUAAAUCUGAAAAGCAGCAUGAGUUUCCCGUCUCUCUCUGUUCCUCCUGGAUCUACAGCCUCAUUUAGCGUCGCUGUCAGUUCUUUUGGUGAUGUAGUAAAAUCUGUUUCACAUCUAAGAGAGAAAAUAGAGGAAUUCUGCAAAGAGGAGAUAGAAAAGAUAUCUGAUAGAGUAAAAUACACUGAGCUUGUUCUCACCCCUGAACCCAAGACAAGGGAGGACUUCCUACAAUAUCUCCGUCAGUUCACAUUGGAUUCAAACACAGUGUAUAAAUACCUCCAUCUGUUUAAUGGGAACAGAGUGAUUACUAAAGCUCACACAGACCAGAUGUAUCCUGAUCAUCCAGACAGAUUUGAUGGUACAGCUCAAGUGUUGUGUAGAGAGAGUGUGAGUGGACGCUGUUACUGGGAGGUCGAGUGUAGUGGGAUGGGUGUGUGUAUAUCUGUGUCUUAUAAGAGCACCACAUUCACUCAACCUCUCUAUCCUGGGUUUGGAGUUUUUGAAACAGUCAAACUGUGUGAUCUAACAAAUGAAUAA